CCUGAGGUGGGAGGAUGUGAUGACGCGGCCCCACACAGCGGGAACUCAGGCCUUUAAAAAGCCCAGGAAACAGCCUCAAAGCAAGCGGUGGUUCCACUGGAGGAAAGCACACCCAGGUCUUACAGUAAAGAAGCCAAACUGUCUGCUUCAAAGAGAAAAGGCAACAUCCUGUCACAGGCCAUGCUCUGGCAAAAAUCCACAGCUCCAGAGCAAACCCCUGCCCCACCCCGGCCAUACCAAGGUGUCCGAGUGAAGGAGCCAGUGAAGGAGCUACUGAGGAGGAAGCGCUGCCAUGCCAGCAGUGGGACAGCUGUCCCACCAACUGCGGUGGUGCUGCCCCACCAGCCCCUGGCGACUUACACCACAGUGGGUCCUUCCUGCCUUGACAUGGAGGUCUCUGCUUCCACUGUGACAGAGGAAGGGGCCCUGUGUGCUGGCUGGCUCUCCCAGCCUGCUCCUGCCACCCUCCAGCCCCUGACCCCCUGGACACCUUAUACUGAGUAUGUGUCCCAUGAAGCCGUCAGUUGUCCCUACUCAGCGGAUAUGUAUGUGCAGCCCAUGUGCCCCAGCUACACAGUUGUGGGGCCUUCCUCAGUGCUGACCUAUGCCUCCCCACCACUCAUCACUAAUGUCACGACAAGAAGUGCUGCUGCACCCACCAUGGGGCCCCAGCUGGAGGGCCCUGAGCACCAGACACCCCUCACCUAUUUCCCAUGGCCUCAGCCCCUUUCUACACUGCCAACUUCCACCCUGCAGUACCAGCCCCCGGCCCCAGCUCUGCCUGGGGCUCAGUUUGUCCAGCUCCCCAUCUCUAUCCCUGAGCCGGUCCUUCAGGACAUGGAUGACCCCAGGAGAACCGUCAGUUCCUUGACCAUCGACAAGUUGCUGUUAGAGGAAGAGGAUAGCAAUGCCUACGAGCUCAACCACACGCUCUCUGUGGAGGGAUUUUAGGCUUGAGAAUCCUUUUUCCUGAAAUUAGGAUUUUUAAGAUGAUCCUGGAGGGAGCCCAGCUUCCAUAUCUGGGCUACUCUUUCUACACCCAACCACAGUCAGAGUUCUUGCCUUUUCUUCCAUCUCUCUUCAUUUUCUACAUUUUCUUUCUUUCUUUCUUUUCCCCGUUUCUUCUUCCAAUUUUCUUUCCACGAGGUGGAAAUAGUGUGAUAUCAACCAUAAUACUUUAUGCCAAGUGUUCACAAGUUGCUGUUGCAUCUGGGAAUAGUCCCCUUUUUUUCUCGUGCCUGCUGCUUUGUGGUAGCAGUGCACUGCAGAGCUGUUCUAGGCUGUUACUCCCACUGUCAUUUUGAGAUGCAUGGGGUGCUGGGUGGGGAACCAGCACUGCCAGAACUUCCUGGAUGCAACCACCCAGGGUAGACCAGAUGCCAGAGGCCUUGAGCUGUCAGUUCUUACAGUUGUUCUUUCUUUGUUCUUUGUAGCCUUGGCCAGAUUUCUGUUCUGGACAUCAACCUCAAGGGCUGGGACGCUGCACAAUGCUGGGUUAGGGGUGAGGAAGGAACAUCUGGAAGGGUAGGGGCAAAGUCAGCAAGAGGACAGAGGGUGAAGAGAGGGUGUGUGUGGAGGAGGCGGCCUGGGGGAGGAAGGCAGAGGAAUCAUUUAGCUCCAGCUUACUUGGUUACUAAGAAGCACAUAAACUUGGGGGAAACUAUUGCUUUCAGAGGUGGCUGUAUAGCUGCUUUUGAGAAUGCUUGCAAGGAAAGCAGAACUGUUGGAAAUAGGAUGAAUGAUCUCUUUGGCCAUUUCUUCCCCUCUCCAGAUCCUUCACCACAAACCCCUGAAGCCUCAUAGCAAGGGUGCACUUGCUUAAUGCUAUGAAGUGAGCUUCUUUUAUAUCUUUCAUUGUCUCUAGGCCUCCAUUACGUAGAGCCAAGGCCACUUCUACACGAAUACCACUUACCAUCCUUUCCAGAGCCUCAGCUAGAGCACCCGUAGUUUUCAUUUCAAAUUUUAUGUUAUUUUUACUAGUGAAGCAUUUAGACUUUUCAAGUCUCAGCUCUGAUGGUGGUUGCAGGCCCACGUACUGGCACAUUGCCUGCUAAUGACACCCAUGACCUCUACAAGGCAGACACUUGAGCUGUGCAAUCUACAUAGAACGAAUAGACAUUUUACAGGAAAUGACAGUUUCUUCUUCUUCUUUUUUUAGUUAUUUUAUUUUUAUUGAAAAGGUGAUGAGCAGGAGUUUCACAGUUGCAUAAGUCAGGUAAUGAGUACAUUUGUUUUUAAUCAUGGUUACUUCAUCCCUCAUUAUCUCCCACUUGCCUUUCUCUACUCCCCUCCCCCCCAGUUGUAGGGUUUAUAUUCAACAUAGUGACAAGUGAGUAUCAAUGCUGCAUUAGUUCAUCCUAUGUCCUGCUGUUUCUGUGAUUUCCCCUUCCCUUCCACAGAUUGAAUAAUCUUAUACAUAAGACACAGGUACAGAAAACUAAAAGAAAUGAAGAAGAAAAAAAAGAAAGACUAUAUACAGGACAUGUUAAGAACCUCUUGUUUCCAUAUCUUGGAGUUCAUGUUGAUAUGCUUCAUUGUGUAUGGUCCUAUGCACAAAGCAAUUAGGUUAUUGAGAUCUCUUGUUAAGAAUACCAUAGACAUAUUCUAGUUCCUACAAAUGAGGGAUACCAUGCAACCUACUUUUCUUUGGGUCUUGCUUACUUUACUUAAUAUAAUUUUCCAGGAAAUCACAGUUUCUUUGAUGUGUUUACAUUGUUUUCCAUGCCCUGGGUUAUUUUGAUCCAAAUUUCUUACUAUCUGCUUCAAAUCCCUGCACAUUUAUCUUUGAAUUAUUUUAAUUCAGACAUGUUUUCAUUUCAAAGCCUUAAGACAGAGUCUUGGAUGAUAAAUUUACAUCUCUGCUGGUAGUUAUGGUGAGCAGCCAAAAGUUAAGGGAAAGCCAGACACUGGUGGCUCAGGCCUGUAUUCCUAGCUACUCAGGAGGCUGAGGAUCGCCCGUUCAUAGCCAGCUCA